AUGUCGCCUUGGACACCAAUCAACGCUCGGCAAGUGGAGGAGGAGAAGCGCGCUCAGGCCAGAAGAUGUUACAUGUGUGUUGUCAUGGUGCCUUUGGGGGAGCCCUGUACGCACUUUGAUAAGGGAUAUCCGGAGGGCAGUCGCUGUGACGACAAGACGCAGCGCGAAAAAGAGGGGGAAGAUGGGAUUAAGCCAGAGACUAAGGCUACCGCCAUGGCGGACUCAGUCUCAGACACAGACUCAGAGGCUACCAUGAGGGCAAGCCCUGAGGUUCUUCCUCAAGCGGCCGCGAGGCCACCCGUCGUCAACAAAAGGGCCGGUCGCACCAACAAGGUCAACAAUCGGAAGACAUGUACCAGGUGCAACGGCAAGGAGUACAACAUGAGCAACUUCAAGGACCACGAGAAGGUCCACUACCUGGAAGAUAACGGGGAUGGCAAUGGGGAUUGGAAGUCCACCUCAAUGGCCACCAACAACAAGGCCGACGACAUUAUACGCCGCGAGGGCGUGUGCGUCUAG